CUCACCUGCCUCCUCUUUCCCCUGCCCACAGGAGUUUUCUAGAACAGUUUGAGCCAUGGCUUCAGAGGUCCUCAGCUCUGUUCUCACUACCGCCUCUCGGUUUGCCCUGUUACAAGUUGAUAGUGGCAGUGGUUCUGAUUCUGAGCCUGGAAAAGGCAAAGGCCGGAAUAAUGGGAAGCCUCAAGCCUUGGGAAACAAACCAACUACAAAUGAAAAAAAGAGAGAGAAAAGAAGAAAAAAGAAGGAACAGCAGCAGAGUGAAGCAAAUGAGCUCAGGAAUCUUGCUUUUAAGAAAAUUCCCCAGAAAUCCUCCCAUGCCAUUUGCAAUGUUCAACAUGAGCUUUCAUUGCCAAACCCAGCACAGAAGGAGUCUCGGGAAGAAAACUGGCAGGAGUGGAGACAGAGAGAUGAGCAGCUGACAUCUGAAAUGUUCGCGGCUGACCUGGAGAAGGCCUUGUUGCUGAGUAAACUAGAAUAUGAAGAGCACAAGCAGGAUUAUGAAAGUAUUGAAAAUGCUUCAACUCAGUCCAAAGGUGUAAAUAAAAAAGAUAAGAGGAAGACCCAACAGGGGAAGGACAGACCUCUCACAGUGUCCCUGAAGGAUUUCCAGUGUGAAGAUCAUAAUAGUAAAAAGACAGAGGAAUCGAAUUCUUCUCAGACUUUGUCACAUGAUGGGGGAUUCUUCAAUAGACUGGAAGAUGACGUUCAUAAGAUUCUUAUUAGAGAAAAGAGAAGAGAACAGCUUACAGAACAUAAUGGAACAGAGAAUUGUCCAGCUCCUGAGCACAUUCAGGAAGUGGGUCUGAAAGAUGGAAAAAUUGAGAGACUGAAAUUAGAACUUGAGAGGAAAGAUGCUGAAAUUCAGAAACUCAAAGCUGUGAUCACCCAGUGGGAGGCAAAGUAUAAAGAAGUAAAAGCAAGAAAUGGACAAUUAUUAAAAAUGCUUCAGGAAGGAGAAAUGAAAGAUAAGGCAGAAAUACUCCUGCAAGUCGAUGAAUCUCAAAGUAUCAAGAAUGAGCUGACGGUCCAGGUGACCUCACUUCACGCUGCAUUGGAACAAGAAAGAUCUAAAGUGAAAGUAUUACAGGCAGAAUUAGCCAAAUACCAGGGUGGCAGAAAAGGGAAAAGGAACCCUGAGUCCCACCAGUGUAGGUGAUUACGGCAGCCUUUGCGGUCAUCACACAGCACUGUCAGAGUUUUGCAGAAAUGUGUGUAUUUAAUGCUGUGCAGCUGCCCACCUGUGCAGUUUGUGUUGAAGGAACUAAGAGCACCUAGCUCACUCAUAGUCUACAAUUCGAUGUUCUUUUGGCUUAAACUUAAAAGAAAAUAUAGAAUACCAGCAGAACUUGAUUAUUGUUGUCUGUCAAAACCUAUGACUUUAGUUUUUCAUCAGUCAAUAAAAUUAAUUUACUCUUCCACUAAUCCGCCUGACCUUUAAAGUCUCCUGAGCAGUGUGGAUUGUUAUUGCUCAGUUGCCAACACCAUUGUGUGCUAAACCUCACAGGACAGCAACGUGAGUAGAAAGGAUGCGGCUGAUGUCCUCAGGUGGUGGUGAGCAAAAAUAAUGAUCACAUAUUCCCAAGAAUAAUCACAAAUGUAUCACAUUUUCCUCAUUGAAAAUUGAUAAAAAUUGAAAAAUUUCUUGUAAGAAAGCUUACAAGAGAUGAUGUAUAGAGAGAACUUUUCCUGUAUGUUUGUUGAGGAGCAUGACAGAAGGAAUAAAAUCUGGACUAGAAAGAUUUGCUGAAAUAGCAGCCUGGCCCAGCAGAGUGAGAAUUAGACACAGCAGCACUGAGGAGUCUUGGUGAGGGGAGACCAACAAAUGACUUCAUUGCUGUGAAACUGCUAGAACAAUUAGCAGCAAAUGGGG